AUGUCGGCCACGGAAAUGGAGAUGCCGGGCAAGCUAGAGGCGGAGACCGAACCGGAGGUAUUGCCCGGGGAAUUGGAAAUACCGGAUGCUUCUGCGUUACCCUCUUCUCGGCGCAACAAACCCUAUUUUAAGAAGUUCAAAGAGCCGGAGUCCGAUGAGGAAGUGGGGGAUCUGCGCAAUCUGUUUAAUAUUCAGGAGUCAUGGCGAACCCUUAUGUCGCUUGGCAGUUGCCAAAAGGUCAUGGUUUCGGAGAAGGCUCAAAAGACCCUGAAGAUCGAGGUGGGCGUCAAUGUGACUCAAGAGUUCCCAUGGAAACAGAUCCAGUACAAGGAUCUACGGGAUGUGCUCUUCGACGAGUUGGAGAACUCGGCAGAGCUGUUGAAGAAGUUCAAAAACUUCAAUCCUGAACACUUUGUUCUGAUGGGCUUUUGUCCUUUACUGACCGAGCAGGAGGACGAUCCACCCGAGGGUGAACCCUUCAUAUUCUACUCCAGCAUCAAAGAGUCCAAAAUGGCACUGAGCAUCAUCCAGAAUAUGGAGCGCUUUGAUCGUUGGCGGAUGCAGCGUCGUCUCCGAAAGAAACCCCGCAGAUGGGUUAGUCAAGGAACUGAUGCCGAGAUGACGAUCAUGGUGGAACGCUUCAAGGAUGAGCCCAUCGACGUGGAGAUCCAGAGUGUGUAUCCCAUUCAGGUGCCGCGGCACAUAGCCUUCGAUUACCGGUUGAGCAAACAUGUCAGGGAUGGCUUUAUCGAGCUCUUACCCAACGAGAAUAUUAAAUGGGAAAAUGUAACCAAGAAGAGAAUCACCGUAUCGGUCCAAUCUGCUCCUCCUAAGAUUGAUAGAGAGCAGCAAACGAAUCCCACAUUUCCAUCCAACGCCUGGUCACAAUAUCUCUAUGAAAUUGACGAUGAAGACCUCGAGCUGGAUGAAACGGAUGUGGACGAAGAGGAGGAGAAGAAGAAGGCACAAGCUAAGCCGGGAACUUAUGUGGAGCCCGAAAAGAAACCACCCGAAAUGUCCGAACAGAUCGAAAUGCUGCUGAAUACUCUGGAUUUUAACCAGAUCGACAGUUAUCGUGAUGACUAUUCUAUGAUAUCCUCUCGACAAGUGGUCCAGUAUACCAAUCCCUACCUGCAGGAAUUCCUUUGCUUUGCGAACAUCUCCAAGAGCAAUAAGCGCUUCGUAGCUGGCUAUGAUUGGUACCCAAAAUUGUCUGGACUAAUCGCUGUAUCGUAUGCCUUUAGUACUCCAGCUACUGUAAAUGAGGCCAGCAAUCGAGUGGACUACGUUCAGAGGGCUGUUCUAGAGCCCAAUCCUGUACUCCUGUGGAGCUUCUCAGAUAACCUUAACUAUAAGUUAGAGUUCGAGGCUCCGAUAGAGAAUACCGCUCUGACUUUUUGCCCGUUUAACGGGGAUCUCUUGUUGGGAGGCAGCAAGAAUGGCCAGGUGGUGUUGUGGGACUUGCAGGGACGAGGCGACAGGCUGGAUGAAGAGGAAUAUUUGACGGCUGCCCAGGCCAAGUACCGCAUCAUGAUCGGAGAGUUUCUGAAUUGGACCAUUGACAUAGAGGACAAUGUCAUCCCACCGACCACCAUUUCCUCGUUGGACUGCUCACCGAAAGGUGCCAUCACUUCAUUUUAUUGGUUAGGUCGUUCCAUAUAUCUAAGUCAAUUUGGCAAGGUUUAUAACGAUCCGGAUACCCGGAAUCACCAUAAGUUCUUUGUCACUUGCGCCUUUGAUGGCACCAUUAGCUUCUGGGAUCUCGAUGGAGCGGGAGGAAAGGGAAAGGAAAAGAUGCGAAAUCGUAUGCUUCCCAAGGAGCUGACCCAGAGCGAGUCUCCUUUUAAGUCGAUGGCCAUUAAACCCACCUAUAAUCUCAAUUUCCCGGAACCACUGACUGGAAUCAUAGCGGACACCUCGUGCUUCUCGUGUUUAACACCAGUUCCUAAGUUGAUACACGCUAAUCCCUCAAAUUACCCCAUUAAGUUGAUACCCAAGGAUCCACCUACAAUGCGCCAAAGUAUGAUAGUUUCCACUUUCUAUGGUCAUGUCAGCAGGAUUGAUUGGCAAGGCACCUAUGUGGAAGGGCAACCAUCCGAGCUGAUCAAUAGUUCGAUUCCUUUUGCCAUGGUACAUAAUGGACCAGUAGUGAUGAUGAAAAAGAAUCCUUUCUAUCCUGAGUUAUUCGCCUCCAUUGGGCGUACCAUCUUGGCCAUCUGGAAGGAGGACUAUAACUAUUCACCUAUAUUUUGGCGGCAAAGAGCAUGUGACCUCACCGCCGUCGCCUGGAGUGAAACUCGUCCGGCUGUGUUGUAUCUGACCAGGAGUGAUGGAAUUCUCGAGGCGUGGGAUAUAUUGGCUCGCGAUGAUGACGCCUGUCUGACUGAGAUCCUUGGGGGUGGCAUCAUUACUGGGAUCACUGAGCAUCGCCCCUCACUUCCUUACAAGAUCUUGGGCAUUGGUGACUAUAAUAGUAGCAUAAGGAUGGUCAAGUUGCCGCAUUCCUUCGAUGUACCGCUGCCCAAUGAACUUCAACAGCUUGUGAACUAUGUACUUAAGGAGGAGCGCCGUAAGGUGGGCAUUCAGGCAUGGGAACAAAAGUACUACGAACUCAACAAGGACAUCAUCGAGGCAAAGCGAGAGGCGGAGGCGGAAACCCGGAAGGAAAUGGAGAGAAUUGAAAAAGAGCAGCAAUUGGCUAGCAUGAAAAAGGGCCACAAGUCCACUGAAGAAGGUGGUGGAGGAGGCGAGGAGGUCAAGACCAAGAAGACUUACAGUGGCCUCAACUACAAUGAGAAAAUGGCUGUGAUGUGGGACGAACUGAAUCUGAACCGGAUGAUGACCAUCCUGAUGUCACGCAAACAGAUGGAUCCCGAGAAAUUGGCCAGAGAGACGGCACUGGAGAAGGAGAGGCAUGCCUACGAGGCGGCCAAAAAGAAAUCCCAUUCGGAUGUCUUGGCCAGGGUGGAUAAUGAAAUCGCCACCCUUCGAGCAAGAAUCUUGCCUGCCGAGAUUCAGGACAUGCAGCGCAGUGAGAUGAUCGCGGAACGUGUUAAACGAGAAGUGGAAAACGGGCCCACCUAUGAAGAGGUGUGCGAAGAUUCCUUUGAGAUUCUGGGCAUGUUUAAUGAGUUCAAGCCGAUAGAUUAUAUUGAGUUCCUGGAACGAGGUCGUCAGAGGCGUCGCCUAUUGGAUCAGUCCUUGGGUGGCAAUACCGAUCGACUGCUGUGGUUUGAGGAGAAGUUAAAGUUGGGAGAACUGGGCGAAUGUCAGUUCGGUUAUGAAACUGUUACUGGAAGUCAGGCGGAGGAGGCGAGUCAACACGACUAUACGGCGUCUCAGCUUCCGUUGUCCUCAUCGGACAGCAAUAUUAUAGAAGAGGUCGAUGCGUAA